UGGCCUGAGACGGGCCGUGCGCAGCUCCCUGAUUGCUCAGGGACCACGGGGAGACUCUGAUUGGUCUCUAGACCACACCUAGUUGGUGAGCGCAGCUGCUGCCUGAAUAUCCCACAGCUCUGCCGAGGCCACUGGAGUACGCACACGCCUACCUUUAGACACCAGACCGGGAGAGGAACCGUGGAGCUGCUGCAGCGGAGGAGUUGUGGAAACUUUGCUGAGUCCUCGGGCCUCCCGCUCCCUGCGAUGCCGGCCUCGUCCACCAUCCACGUGCUGCAGCUGCUGCGGGAGCUGCUGGCCUUCGUGCUCCUCAGCUACACGGUGCUCAUCGGAGCGCUGCUGCUGGCCGGCUGGACCACCUACUUCCUGGUGCUGAAGUGACAGCGCCCGCAGCCCCGCCCCCCGCCCCGCCCGCCUCGUGCCAGCCCCCAGCGGCCGGAGCCACCGCGCGCUGCUCCGCCUCCUGCCGGACACAUCCCACCCCCCGACGGAAGAACGCUGCGCCUCGCCGCUCGGGCCAGGGCUGCCUCUCGAGGCAGGGCCUCGCCCGGGUAGGUAUCCAACUUCCUCUCACGACGGCCGACUCCGCUCCGCCCGCUCAGCGCCCUCAGGCCCGGGGCCCGCCCAGUCCCACGCGGAAGCUGCGGCGGUUGGGCGCUCGUCGCGGCCGUUACUGCCGUUACCCUAAGCCCCGCCCCUUCCCUCCAGACUGUCCAAUCCCAACUUUUCUCUCGGGCGGGGGUGCGGUCAUGGGGCCAGGCCCACUCAAGAAGAGGCCGCGCCCCGUCCCCCGCUCACGAAGUGGCGUCACUUCCGGCGUGUGCGUCUGGCGUUCGCCGCCGCAGGAUGGCGGCCCUGAGAAGCUGGGUGUCGCGGAGCGUAGCCUCCCUCUUCAGGUACAGACCGUGUGUUCCUGUCGUGGCUAACUUUAAGAAGCGCUGCUUCUCAGAACUGAUAACCUGGCACAAAACUGUGGCAGUUGGAUUUGGUGUGACCCUGUGUGCAGUUCCCAUCGCACAGAAAUUGGAGCCUCAUUCUCUUAGCAAUGAUGCAUUAAUGAGGAGAGCUGUGUCUUUGGUAACAGAUAGCACCUCCACCUUUCUCUCUCAGACCACGUAUGCUUUGAUUGAAGCAAUCACUGAAUAUACUAAGGCCGUUUACACCUUAAUUUCUUUGUACCGACAAUAUACAAGUUUACUUGGGAAAAUGAAUUCACAGGAGGAAGAUGAAGUGUGGCAGGUGAUCAUAGGAGCCAGAGUUGAGAUGACUUCAAAGCAACAAGAGUACUUGAAGUUGGAAACCACUUGGAUGACUGCCCUUGGUCUUUCAGAGAUGGCGGCAGAAGCCGCAUACCAGACUGGAGCGGAUCAGGCCUCUAUAACUGCCAGGAAUCACAUUCAGCUGGUGAAGUCCCAGGUGCAGGAGGUGCGCCAGCUUUCCCAGAAAGCAGAAACCAAGUUGGCAGAAGCACAGACAGAGGAACUCCGUCAGAAAACCCAGGAGGAAGGGGACGAGAGGGCGGAACCGGAGCAGGAAGCCUACCUGCGGGAGGAUUGAGUGCCUGAGCUGCCCAGCCGAGUCUGCCGGCUCCGCCCCCGGGGCCACGAUCCGCUUGGCUCUCCGCACAGAGAGGAGUCAGCAGGUCCUGCCCUGGCCCAUCGGGCCAGAGGCCAUAGCUGUGAGUGCCUGACCCAUUUCCCCACGGACCUGGUUCUUAGCCCUGAGGCACUGCGCGCCCUGUUUAACAUUUGACCCCCCCCCCCCAGCUUUCCACCCUCCACAAUCUUUUUACCUCCCACCCAGAGCAUCUCAGCAGCCUGGCCAGAGAGAGGGUCCUUCUUCCGUCCUGCCCACAAGUUCAGUAGCAGUUUAACCUGUUUGCAGUCGUAUUCGCAUUCUCAAAUCUGAUUUAGUCUUUGCUCCCUCCAUAGGGAUGGGAGUUUUGGGGGGAAUGGGGAGCCUGUUAAGAUUUUUUUUUUUUUUAAGUGUUUCUAAUCCUUUCUGUGAUCUGGCCCCUCUGCCUGUAAGGACACCUGAGGCCCAGGAGCCAAAAGUCCAUUUUUCUUAAGGAACUGAAUGCAGAGUGUUUACCUGGUGCUCAACAGGACAUAUUCCAACACA